AUGUAUCGCAGGAAAGGCGGAGAAAGCUUACCAGCACCCAUUGGAGCCCCAGAAUCCAGAAAAUUCAAACCGUUCAGAAUCGAUAGCUCCAAGUACCAAAAAGCAUUUACCUGGUCAGGCUCUUCAAAAAUAAAAUGGAGACUUCUUGUGCUCCUAAUGGCCAUCUGGGCCGUCACAAUACAUUACCAUGAAAGGGUUCAUGUUUAUAAUACUAUCAAAAAGUGCCAAUGGAACAAAUGGGAGCAAUGGCCAACCGGCUCACCUCCUCAUAGAGCAGCAUUGGUUGCUGAUCCCCAGAUAGUGGACGCGUAUUCAUACACCAACGGGCGAUUCAUAACCUAUUUUGUCAAAAAAAUCAGCGACAAUUACUUGUACAGAAAUAACAAGUUUGUUCAAGCUUACCUCGACCCGGAUACCACCAUCUUUCUUGGCGAUUUGUUUGAUGGUGGCCGUGAAUGGAAAAACGACGUUUGGUUUGAGGAAUACCAGCGGUUUAACAAGAUAUACCCCAAGAAACUCAACCGCAGAACCGUCCAGUCGCUUCCUGGAAAUCACGAUAUAGGCUUUGACACUAUCCAUAAAGACGUGGUGACUCGAUUCUCCACGUUUUUCGGUGAGCCAAAUGACUAUAUUGUCAUAGGGAACCACUCCAUAGUGAUUUUGGACACCAUAUCCCUUUCUUCAUCUGACGACUCAAUAAAUUUCGAGGCCACACAAUUUUUGAAUACUGUGAACUCGCAGUUGAAUCCUCAGUUUCCUCGAAUUCUUUUGACCCAUGUUCCUCUCUACCGCAGAAACGAACAACAGUUGUGUGGUCCGUUGCGUGAAUCCAAGAAACUCUUCCCUGUGCAAAAGGGAAAGCAAUAUCAGACAGUUAUAGAGUACGAUAUUUCUCAAACUGUUCUUGAAGUCAUUCAUCCAGACAUCGUUUUUGCAGGCGAUGACCACGAUUACUGUGACAUAAGACAGCCAUAUACAGCUAAUGGCGUAGAACGGGUUGCCCGCGAGAUUGCAGUUAAAUCUGCGGCUAUGACGUCAGGUAUCAAAUAUCCUGCUAUUCAGCUCCUUUCGCUUCAUAAUCCCUACGACCCUAAUCCUCACCGGGAACCAAAAGAAACAUACCAAACAUCAAUGUGCUACAUGCCCAGCCCUUACUAUGCAAUUUACUCAUAUAUUCUUUUGCUUCUUUUCACCAUCGGUUACUUGGCGAUAGUCUUCUUUCCCCUGGUCGGUAACCUCAAUUUAAGAUCGAAUGUGCUUCCUCUGUACGCUUGGCUCCCUAAAAAAGAUGACAACAGAAGCAUGUCGCUGUUUCUACUCCACUUCGGAUUGAUAUUUGUCAUGAUAUAUGCAUUGUUCGCUACUUAUUUUGCCGGCAUCUAA